AUGGCAUUGUACACCAUCUACCAGUCCAUGCCAGAGCAAGUGAUGUGUUCCCUCACUAGGAAAGAUACGGCAAAGGCGGCGUGGGAGGUGAUCAAGACCCUCAAGAAGGAGUUCGAGGGCUUGAAGAUGGAGGAAGGGGAGACCAUGGAUGAAUUUGCCGGGCGGGUGACAUCGGUCAUCACCAGCAUCUGCAUGUUGGGCGACACCACGGGGGGAGAAAUUGAUGUUGUUCGCAGGUUUCUCCGUGUUGCCUCAGCCCGCUACAUGCAACUCAUCAUCUCCAUCGAGCAAUGCAUGGACUUGAAGAGCCUCACCAUUGACGACCUCGUCAGGCGGUACAAGGCCUACAAUGAGCGCGUCCGAAUCAGUUUUAGCGAUCCAAAGGAGAACGAACAUUUGUUGCUCACAUGCACGCAGUGGGAGACUCUCACCAAAGAGAAGAAGAGCGGAGGGUCAGGCAGCGGCGCAAAGAAGGACUGUGAUCGUGGUAGUGGCUGUGGCAAGGCUGAUGGCGGCCAUAGUGACGGCCGUGAUGAUGAUGACAACAAGACCAGCGUCUACUCCGACUUCAACGAGCACAAGUCCAAGGGAAAGAAAGGUAAAUGCUACAACUAUAGAGUUUGUGGGCAUUUUGCCAAGGAGUGCCGCAAGCCAAGGACGGAAGAAGCGCUCCUCAUGACGGCCGAUGACGAGUCGUGUCUCCAUGUGAUGAAGCAUUGA